UAUGAUAUACUGAAGGUUUUAAACUGCAUAGGUCCUCAUUAAAGCCGAAUACAAGAGCUCUGAUCGAAUACAAACGCCCAAGGGUAUUAUCAAAACUAAAAAAAAUCAUAUUGUGUAAAAAAUGAUCGAUGUAAGGAAAAUGCAAAGCAGAGCAUGGCAGAUUGAUACAUAAAAAAUAUAGAUUGGUUAAUGAUUUCCCGGAGUGCGUCGAAGGAGCACAAAUCAAUCGUUUUAUGGGCUAACAAAUAACGAAGUAUUCAUUGGAUUCCACUCUUCACGCAUUUUUGAUAAGACUGUUAACAAUUUGAUAUAAGAAAUUGGAAAGGAUAGAAAUUUAUAUACAUGCUUGUUUUAAUGGAAAUUGGAAGUAUUUCAUAAGAUGUAUUAUUAAGCGGAAAUACCAUCUCUUCUAAAGUAUUAUUGUUUUCCUAGAUACUAAUUUGUAUUGCCAUAGGUAAAACACUGCCUGAACUAAGUCUUGAUGAUGAUCACCGAGUAAAAUUGUAUCACCAUUCGCUCGGACAACAGCUGUACCUUUGUAGUCUAGGAUGGGAUGAUUUCGAUGCUGGAGUGCUCUGUAAAUCUUUUAACAUAACCUGGAUUGGAAAAGCUACAGUUGUUGACAACAUGCUAGAUUUACAGACUGCCCCUUAUUACAUGCAAUGUGGAGGACUUGAGACAAGUUUGUUCGAUUGUAAUUAUACGACGGAUGUUAAAGGUUGUAAUAUAACACAAGUAGCCGGUGCCAUAUGUUGUCAAGGUACAGACAAACCAGGGGAAUGUUUCAUGAAUUUAUCUCCUAAUCAAGUGUCUUUCGAAUUCUCAACCUUAGGACUUGCUGUAGGAAUACCCGCGGCCUGUAUUGCAGUGGUCUGCAUCAUCGUAGUCAUUGUGUUCAUCCGGCGAAGAUCUAUGGAAAGUAAUUGUGACAAAAAAAAUAGAAAUUCUCUGACAAGAAAUGGAGAAGAGAGUAGAAUUCAAGAGACUGAGUCAUAUGAAUAUACAAAUGUUGCUUCAAGAUUAUCUGAUCACACGUACGACCCGCUUGAAUCUACAGAACUGAACUGCAAGUCGAAAGACCGUAAAUUUCAGAACGAACAUAAAGAAUCUCUAACAAGUAAAUCGGAUGUGAGUAGAAUAAGAGAGACUGGUUUCGAUGAAUGUCCAAAUGUUGCUUCGGGAUUAUCUGACCACACGUACGACCCGCUUGAAUCUGCAGAAUUGCAUUGCAAGCCUAUAGAUAGUAAUUUUCAGAAUGAAAAUAAAGAAUCUCUCGCAGGAAAUGAAGAAAAGAGUAAAAUUUCAGAGAAUUGUUUCUAUGAAAGUACAAGCGUUACUUCGAGAUUAUCUGACCACACUUACGACCCGAUAGAAUCAGCAGAAUACUACAACAUGACAAAUGUAUCUGUUUCCUCUGCAAAAUGAUAUCAUGGUAAUGAACAGGUUUUGUGCAUGGAUCUCCUAACAAAAAGUGUACCUUUUCGAUUCACAUGUAAAAAGUAAAUAUGUGAUAUUUGGGAUUGAACAGAAUUGUGCAUGCAAUAAGAAGUCGUUGAAUUGCAUCUAAAUGUCGAAAAAUAUACAAAUGUGACCUUGAAACUCUCGAGGAUACAGUCAAUUCCAUAUGUGUGGAUUAGGUCUAAAUGUAAAGAACGGACGUAGAAUGAGGCAAACAUUUUUUUUUAUUUACUUUAACUUACGAUUUUCCGAAAAUAUGCCCUCAUAAUUUUGUUUUAUAACUGUGAGCUACACAUAUCAUGUAUUUGAUAUUCAGAUGCAGUUCAACAAGUUGUAAAUACAUGAAUAAUUUCAAUAGAAUUUAAAAUACAUCCCUAUUACGUAUACUCUAUCCCUUGAUUUUGUUUUACAUUCAACGAUUAGAUCAGUCCAAACAUUCAACUAGUGUGCUUAUACAUAUGUUUUCACUUUUUGCUUCAUGUUCAUUUUGGUGAAGCUUUAUCACCGUGACAUUGCUUUGAAAAUGGCAUUGCUCAAUUGUUUAAUUGUUCAAAUAGUUUCAAUUAUGACAAUACUGCCAGUAAUUUUGGUGCUUUAAUAAUAACUGAUUUUGUGGAGGUCAGUAGUCUUUUCUUUAAGAGAUAACUACAAUAUGUCAUGUACAUUGACCAUCUAUGCCGACUACUACGAUGUAUCAAAAAUUACUUAUAAUUGAUAUACUUCUGAGUAACUAGCACAGUCAAUUCAUACAAAUAACAACAUUUUGAAGAUUUUCUCUUUUUGUCUAUUUUCAUUCCGAAAUACUGAAAUUAAAUUUAAUAUAUAAUUUGUUUUCUUUUUAGACUUACAACAUGCAAUUAUAUACACCAUUAUUCAUUGUUUUAACAUACUUGUUGUUUUUGUUAGCUUUUUAUGUGCUUUGUGUGGUUCUGAUCACUUCAGCCAUUUGCAAUCCAUUUGUAUAGCUUGUCCGCUUAUGUUGUGCUGUUGAACCACUGUCCAAGGUUACGGGAAAGUUGGGAGCCAACAAACAUGUUAGACACGCCAUAUUCUUUAUGUUCCUGUCCCGAGUCAAGAGCCUGUAAUUCAGCGGUUGACGUUUAUUCCUGUAUAUCAUUUUUUUUUCUGUUUAUUGUGUUAUACCUAAAUAAAGUUAGCCUACUCUUUUGAUUUUUUUUACAUUUGUCAUGUCGGUGCCUUUUAUAGCUUUUUCAGCUUGUUAUGCGGUUUGGACAUUUACAUGCACAUAACAUGUAAAAUGUACAUAAAAUUGAGAAUGGAAAUUGGGAAUGUGUCAAAGAGACAACAACCCGACCAAAGAGCAGAAAACAGCCCAAGGACACCAAUGGGUCUUCAACACAGCGAGAAAAUUCCGCACCCGUAGGCAGGCUUCAGCUGGCCCCUUAACAACAAUGUGUACUAGUUCAGUGAAAAUGGACGUCACACUAAACUCCGAAACAUAUAAAUGAACUAAAAUUUAAAAACAUACUGACUUGGGACAAGCGCAAAAAUGCAGUGGGGUUAAACAUGUUUUGUGAUACCUCAACCCUCCCGCUAUACCUCUAGCCAAUGUAGAAUAAACAAACACACAGCAAUACGCAAAGAAAAUGUACAUUAAAAUCCUUAUCUCUUCAUCUUUAUUUUGUUUGAUUGUUUAUGUUUGUUUUGUUCCUUUUAAUCCUACUACAUCAAUUUAUCCACCAAGCAAACGUAAUAUACUGAUAAAUACAGCUUUGGCCUGACUACAUACUUGCACUUUUCAUAUCUGUUUGUAGACAUCAAGUUGCGCAUUGGUGUAUUUAUUAUUUUCUCCUAUUAUACAACGGAUAUUUUAAACUAUCCUAAUAACUGUUCAUUUCAUUGUCAUGGUAUAUCUGUAAAUUAAAAUACAAAAAAAAAGCGACAGCUGACAAUUUACCUCAAUUUGUCACGUUUUUUUUUUUUUUUUUUU